AAAGCAGAUAUAGUGGUUCGUACAGCAUCGACCCACACCUGCCUCAGAUAUCCAGGAAAUGAAGUGUUCUUCACGCACAAGAUCAGAGUAACAAGACCAAAGGACUGAUUCCUGAUCAACAAUGACAUCAGUGCUGGUCCUGUGCUGCACAAAAAACACCUCAACAUAAAAAUGGACAGCGGCCACUCAGAGAUGGAGUGGCAGGAACUGUCCUAUGACAGAUGGACAGAAUCUCAUGUGAGCUCCUGGCUGAGAGCCAUAGGAACAGAAGAAACACACAUCAAAAAACUCAAGAAGAAGAAAGUGACAGGAGCAGUUCUGACAACUCUACAGAGGGAAUUCCUCAGCAACACUGUAAGAAUGAAUACUGUCCAAAUUGAACAUCUGCUGAGGAAAAGAGAUGAACUUCUAGAGUCAGGGCAAGAAACAAACCUUUCCUCUCAGGAACCGUGUGAUGCAGCAGAGCAGGCGAAUAUUCCCACAGAAUGCAGUGACAGUUUAACAUCCUCAGGAGAAGCGUUGCGUUUUUGUGAGUACCGUAAAUUUGACCAGAAUGAAAAAGACUGUAGGUAUGUAAAGCACAACUUGCUUCAUCCAGAGACAGGAAGUGACAACAUGCUUGUUCCAUGUCAUGAAUAUAAGUCGCUUGAGAAUGCACACAAACAAGACUCAAAAAUCCUAAAAGUAAAAGUUGCAAUUGAGGUGUUAAGGUUUGCAUGUGCCUGCAUGAACAUGAGAGCCAAUGGAACAAUUCAUUUCGGCAUUAUGGAUAAAGUCAAAGGCACUCACAAGCACGGGGAAAUCAUAGGGAUACCGCUCAAAAAUCAGGAGGACUUUGUGGAUGCUUUAGAUUACAUUGAAAGUUGCUUCAAAGGAUCAAAUCAACAAAGUGAUGCCAGGAGGUGCAUAAGGAACCCUCAAUUCAUCGAGGUGCUUGACAAAGAAACUACUGAGAGGACAUGGGUCAUUGAAUAUGACAUUAUCCCAAAGGCAGCCAUUGUAAAAGAUAAGAUAUACAGCGUUGGUGUCCCCAAAUUCACUGAGAAGGACAAAGUCAAAUGUGAAGAGAAGAUUCCCUACUACAGAGCAGGAGCCAACACAAAACGAGUAACUGAUGAUGAUCUAGUUCAGUUCAUCCAAGGGCUGAGAGAGAAAGAUCAACAGAGGGAGGAGGCAGAAGCUUCAAGCAACGAAACACCUCAGGACUUCAGAGAGGAUCAAAAGAGAAAACUCCUCAUCCUGUUAACAUGUGGAAAAGCACGUAUGGACAACUCUCUGUAUUACAUUGUUGUCACAAACAAAAUUCAGCCAGAGCAUCUUGACAGCAUAGACUUCUUGGUUAACAUGAAUCUAUUCUGUGUGUUUGAUUUUGAUCCUGAUUCGAAGACAUCUGGUCUUUGUGGGACAUACAAAAAACAGAAGGCUGCAAAUCUUCACUUUCUUAAAGACUACGCAAAUGACAACAGAUCAGAGAGUUCUGAUUUCAUAAAAUCUUUGCAGCUUUUUGAAAAAACAAGCUGGAUUUUCUGCAAUGGAAGAAGCGACUUCCCUGGUGGGGAACAAACCUGUGAUGAGACAACAUGGAUCAGAACAAGAAAAAAGAAGCUGAAAAAAGCAGUGUCGGUCAUCUGCAACGACAUCCUUCCCAGACGUUCCUUUGUCGUUCUGUUCUUGCUCUCAUCUGAUGUUGAGCAGCCACUUGUUGAGACUUUCCAUGAAUUCUAUGCCGAGAUGAACGGGCAUGACUUUUUGACUGUCCUAUCAGAGUCAAAAGAAAACUCCAAAAAGUUCUCAAGUCUUGCUCAGGUGUCGUGUCCCACAUCUACACUCAGAGACAUCAGUGUUGAAAUGCCACUGAGUCAUGUGGACGCCACCGUUCAAAGCAUUCAGCUCUCAAAGAAUCAACCCACAAGGACAUUACCGGUGUUCAGCGGAGGCCUGUGCUUCUUCAAGUCUGUUGAGGAGGCUACGCUAGAUUCUUUGGAAAUCAUCAGUGUUGACCAGUGUAAUGAAACAAAACUGGAGAACAUGACCCAGAAAGAGAUCCAACAAACUGAUAUCUACUUCUAUCGAGGUGGAAAGAUAGACUGGCUCAACUUCUGGCUUGCCGACAAACGCAAGUGUGGAGAUAUAAUAAAGAGGGACGCCUACAAAGAAGCUAGCACAAUCCUGGACAACAUAGUACCAAAGCCAAAGCGUUCCGUAGAGAGUGUGAUCAUAUACCAUCAACCUGGUAGUGGUGGCAGUACAGUGGCACGUCAGAUCCUUUGGGAUAGGAAAAAUAAAGUACGUUGUGCAGUAGUUAAACAGGGAAAGGAAAUUACAACUGUUUGUGAGCAUGCAGUGAAACUGAGGGAGCAUAAAGAAAAUGACAAAAACAACUGUCUUCCAGUGCUCCUACUGUUGGAGGACCACAAUGCAGAUUACACUGAUGAACUCAGAGGACAGCUUGGGAAUGUCAUUGCAACCAAAAAGAUAAAUCCCUCCGUGUUGUGCUUUAUCCUGCUCAUCUGCAGCAGGUCAAAUGAUCCAGAGAGAUUGUGCAGAGCAUCUCCAUCUCAAACAGUAGCAGUCACACACAAGCUGUCCGAUGCAGAGAAGCCUUUGUUUUCAGAAAAGCUUGAGCAACUCAAACUGGAGAACGAAACAGAAUUCAUUCUCACAUUUGUUCUGAUGAGUGAAGAGUUUAAAUCAAGUUAUGUUGAGGACUUUGUAAAGAACCUUCUUGAUAAAACUGAUCAUUCAACGCUCAUUACCCGCCUCAUCAGAUUCGUGGCUCUCUUGUAUUCCUAUGUCGAUGAUUCGUACAUAUCUGCGUCACACUGUGAAGCAUCUCUUGGCAUGCGUGUCUAUGUGAACGGUGCUCGGCACCAUGCCUUUGUGGAAGAUUUCACUGAGGAAGCUAAGCUUAUUCUCAUCCACCUUAGACAAAGUUCGACACACAUCCAGUCAAUAAAGAUUAUUCAUCCACUGGUGGCAAAAGAACUUCUGGGCCAGCUGUCUGAAAAUGUGCCUCAGAGUGAUAUUGCCAUGGAUCUCAUCACAGACAAGGUUCUUGUCAAUCACAGGUUCGAUCAGGAUACAUUCCUGAAGUUCAUCAAAGACUUGUUCAUUCGACGCAACAAAAAAAGCAGAGGAGAUCUUGCAGACACAGCUUUUUCACCCUUCAUCGAGCAUGUCACUAAAGAAUGUGGUGUUCAGAAAGCUGUUGACCUGAUGAAAGCUGCUUUCAUAGCUUUGAGAAACGAUGCAUAUGUGGCACAACAGCUUGCCCGGCUGCUGUACACAAAUUUCAGAUUUCAAGAGGCCCUUGAAUGGGCAGAAAAAGCAAAAUCUCUUCUUCCAAGUGACACAUUUAUCCUUGACACACUGGGACAAGUUUACAAGUGGUGGUUUUGCCACUUGUUUGACAGCCUUGGGCAAGAAGAACCAUCCCCUGAAAUGGGAAUUGAAAUCAUAAACAUUGCACUCAAAGGAAUCAGAGCCUUUCGUGCCUCUGAAAAAACGCCAACAAAAGAAAAUGUCACCUUUAACAGUUCAUACUACGGCGAAGUAGAUGUUGGCUGCAGGCUGCUAAAAUUCCUGUCAGUAGUAGAUGUUUUUUCAAACAAUACUGGAAAGACAGAGUUGAUGCGGUACUUGUUAACAGAAUACAUCCCAGCAGAGGUCCACAAACCCUGGCAGGACUUUCAUCAGCAGUUGAAAGGUUUACAAAGGAACUUGAGCCAUGCACUUGAGUACAUUUCUGAAGACCUCAGCUACUUUCAAACUGACAUUAGCGAGGAGGAUGAAGAGCUUGAUGCAAGGGAUCCAGAACAACUCUACAAUCCAAGAAAAUGGUUAACAAGGAAGAGUGCUGUCUAUGCUGGAUUUUUUUGCAACAUACCAGAGGAGAGUGACGGCAGUGAUGACAUGGCCAGAACAGCUGAGAGACUUUCUGCAUUCCAAAAGCAGAUGAGAAUCCACAAGCUUGGUGGAAGUAACGUUACAUCCAUUCUCAACUUGCAUUAUGACAAGAAACCACAGAAUGCAGGACAUAAGCUUGAGAGCAUUAUAAACAUGUAUCAAGAAAACCAGACAUGGAAAAACCUCGACCAAGCAGAACUCACAAAAUUCAUCUUUUGCCAAAUAGCUCUUAACUGUAUUCUACCAGGGUCCUCAAAGCUCCUGUCCCUUCACGAACUCCAGGAUCUCAGCAAGAGAUUUAUUACAAGAGGGAGAAACGUGUCAUCAGCAAGUGCUCUCUUCCUUCUCUCCCUUCUGUUUUGGCCUGAGACAAGCAAUGAACUCAGUUCUGCCGAUGCAAAGAUCCUUUCAUCAGCCAUUGAUGAACUUCAAAAACUCUGGGAGAUAAAAUUCCAAUACAUGACUCCAAGGAAAAGCAGGACCGCGACACACUUCUAUCUGGCAAAGCCAAGAGGUCUGAACAAGAUUGUCCACAAGAGUGCAAUUGAAAAGCACAUUAAAGGUACUCUGACUGAAAGACAACUAAAAUGGCGUGGAGGGGAAGUUUGGAAAACCAAGGAGGUGAUGCAGCUACUGAAACGAGUUGAAGGGUGGACAGAAAAUGGAAAGCUGUUUGUGAAAGUUGGAGGAGAUCGCAUGAUUAGAGUAUUUCCUCGAUAUUCUGCCUCCCUGCCAAAUGGGAAUGAAAAUGUUACCUUCUACUUGGGCUUUUCAUUUGACGGAGUGGGCGCCUUUGACAUCCAAGUGACAGAAUAAUGCUCAAAAUAUAAACCUGCAUAUUUACAGAUUUGCAAAAAACUGAAACUGGUCAUGAUCUUGAGAGGUUUCUUUCCAAUAGGAGACAAAACUACAGAUUUAUCAGAUUAAUUUACUCAUUGGAAAGAUGAAAUGUAACCAGUUUAAACAUUAUUUUUCUUGUUUGGGGUUUGUUUUUGUUUUGAGUUUAAAUCGUCUUUUUUGCCUGUGCUUUUAUUCAUCUUUGAAAAAUCCACUCCUUAAGACAACAGUUGGAUAUUAUUGUGUGCGUAUAUAUAAUAUAUGGAAUCAUAGGCCAGCUUUUACUGGGAGAUGGUUCUCAAAAAUAUGCUUGUUGAAUCUAGGGGUAUUAAACUGAUGGUAAAUAUAAAACAAAGCUAUUCUUGGCUCAAAUUUAUGCGAACAGUGAAGGACUCGAGCCUUGAAUUAUUUUUUUACUAAGCCUUUACCUUUUAGAAUAUUUUUUAACACUGUUUUUGCAGUUUAUUCCUUUUUCUUGUUUGUUGUAUACUGCUUAAAUGAUUUGAGAAGUGUAAUGUAUUUGUCGCAGUAAAAUGUUUAAAACA